CUCCACUUUCUCCAUUAGCCGUCGCCGAGUAGAAGAGGAAACCCUAAACCCAACCCCCUCCCCCUCCACCACCGGCAGCAGAAAUGAAGUACAACCCACGCGUCUCCUCCUCUCGCCGUAAGAGCCGCAAGGCCCAUUUCACGGCACCUUCGUCCGUCCGCCGUGUUUUGAUGAGCGCUCCACUCUCGACCGAUCUGAGGUCCAAAUACAACGUCCGGUCCAUGCCUGUCCGCAAGGACGACGAGGUCCAAGUCGUUCGCGGUACCUACAAAGGCCGCGAAGGGAAAGUCGUGCAAGUGUACCGUCGCAAGUGGGUGAUCCACAUUGAGCGUAUCACGCGGGAGAAAGUGAACGGAUCGACCGUCAACGUCGGUAUCAACGCAUCGAAGGUUGUCAUCACCAAGCUGAGACUCGACAAGGAUCGGAAGUCAUUGCUGGAUCGUAAGGCUAAAGGACGCGCUGCCGCUGAUAAGGAUAAGGGUACUAAGUUUUCGGCUGAGGAUAUCAUGCAGAGUGUCGAUUAAGGUUAUCCCCUUUUAUAAUAUUAAUCUAAAUGUUUUUUGUUAUGUUAUCAAUUAGGGAUUUUGCUGCUUUUGAGCUUUAGUUUUAUGACAUGGAUGAAUCUGGGAUUUUUUAAAACUUAAAUGCUCUAUAUUGCAAUUCUUGUUAUGGGUUUUUUUUUAA